CUUUUUGUCCAACUUUUUGAUUUUUUUUCAUCUUUUUCACUUUUUGUGUUUUCAUCUUUCAUGUUUCAACUCUUCCUCUAUAUAACUACUCUACGCGCCAUAUAAACCCCUAUACAAAUUAAAAAUUAUUAAAUAAAUAAAAGCCAAAAACUCCGGUUGUGUAUUUCCGGCAGCUGUAUCGGUAACCGUCACCGGAAAUGAACAAGUCACGAAAAAAUGGUUCAAGCAUAUUCCGUGGCCACCCUUGCCGGCGAUCAGUGGAGAACCGGCCAUCAUCCCGGAGUAGUAGCCAGUCCAUUUUCUCCGGCACCAGCGUUUCCCAUGCCAAAUCUGUUGAUGGAGAUGAUUACUCCGACGUCUUUGGAGGCCCGCCAAGAUCACUCCUCGUCCACAAAUUCUCUAACUCUGACUCGUUCUACGAAGAAAUUAUCCGCAUGCCGGAAUUCACACCUCCGGCGGAGAAGAGUGACAUGACCUUGCCCGUGUUCAGGAUCCCGGCGAGGAACGAUGGAUUUUUCAGCGAUAUCUUCGGGUCGGACGACGACCGGAAAUCAAGAGAGCGGUCUGGGUCCCUGUCGAAGGCGAAUUCGUCGUCAGCACUGAGUUCUGAAGAAUUAAGCCCAUGCCGGCCGGCAAUCGGAGACGACGUGCCAAUGUCUGGUCUUGCUUCAAAGCUGAGGCCAAUGAGUGUCCCAUGGAAAUGGAACUCAUCAAGUAUGGUACAUGAAGAACACUCAAGUAAACAAGAUGUAUCAUUUUUUCCAUGCAAUGUUCAAUCAUUUGAAAAUAAUGAAUAUAAGACAAACUUCAAAAGCUCUCCUCAUGAAUUCUCAAAAAGAGUCUCAUCCCCGGAAACAAUUAGUCUCAGAUCCAGUUCAUAUCAAGGUGUCAAAGUAUUUGCCGAUGAUUCGGAGCUCAAUUCUCCAUCUGAGUCAAAAUGUUCAGUUCGUGAUCAAGUGCUUUCAGAACAAAUUACACAACAGGAGGAGGAGGAUGAUGAUGGUGAAAGUGAUGAUGGUUACAGCGAUGAUGAUGACGAUUUUAUGAGCUCUUAUGUCAUAGAGAUUAACUCCGACCUCAGAAAGGGAGAAUGCGAGGCAUCAGACAUUGAUGAAGCAAUUGCUUGGGCCAAAGAGAAGUUUCAAUCAGGUAGCUCUGAUGAAGAGUCAAAAAUGAAAAACGAUACCAAUGAGCAGACUGUUCAAAGACAAGGAAGCCCUGAUACAAGUGAAUAUCAUGAUAAUGGAAUUGGAAAAGUUCAACUUCCUAAGAAGCAACCGACAGAAACAGAGAAGUUGGAUGAAAAUAUAAGAAUGUGGUCAUAUGGCAAAGAAACCGACAUCAGGCUACUGCUCUCAACACUGCACCAUAUUCUAUGGCCAGAGAGUGGCUGGUAUUCUAUUUCACUUGUGAAUCUAAGAGAAAACUCAGAGGUGAAAAGGGCUUAUCAGAAAGCAAGGUUAUGCCUACAUCCAGACAAACUACAACAAAAAGGCGCAACAUUCCUGCAUAAGUAUGUAGCAGAGCAAGCUUUCUCCAUUCUUCAGAUUAUGUGAAUAUGAACAGGAUGCAUGGGCUGGAUUCAUUUCUGAAGAUGUUUCAAUAUGACACCAGUCAUUGAUGACUCAGUUUUGUCUUGAAAGUUGUGGACAAACACCAGGCUUUACAUUUGGAGAUUUUAAUAUAUGAGCUCCUUUGUACAAAUAGUUACUGAUGGAUGGAUCCACUGUUUUUGUCUAUGUGUGUAUCAUAAAUUCAUAAUGUUAUUUGGUGCUUUAGUAGGUAGUGGUAUUAUUUUUGAAGUAGUUAAUAUGAAAUAAUUUGAUUGGUUUAGUAUUUGUUUGUAUAUGAGAUGAUAUGGAAGCAAAUAUUAGAAAAAUAAGAACUUGGUUUUAAUAAUUAGAAGGAUCUUGGCCUCAGAAGA